AUGAGCGCAAUAGUAGACAAUCAACCUAUUGCCGACAGCGAAGAAGAGGACAUCUUCGGGCCACCCGAAGAUCUUCCAGUACUCUCAUCCUCAGAAUCAUGGUAUGAAUCUUCCGACUCAGCUUCACAUUCAGAUGAUGAAGACAUUGCCAAAAAUGCAAGUGAGGAGGAUGAAGCCCAAACUGAAGAUGACGAUUCGAAGUCGGACUCUGAAUUGACUAAAGGCAAACAUACCUCAACAACGUCGCGACUACAAAAUGACAAGAGAACCUACCUCUCAAGAUCUUCCAUACAGGUGUACAAGACCCUACUCAAGGACAUGCACAUCGACCCCGAUUCAAAGACAUGGAACAAGCAACAAAACGUCACUCUGGCCACCGUUGGCUUAGUUCAGUGGACUGGAAAGGAAAAUGAUGCUUUUUUCACGGCGCUUGCUCGCAAAGGCAAGGGAAAUGUUGGUGAAAUUGCGCGGCUCGUCAACUCCAAGUCACGGCUGGAGGUUGCGGAUUACAUUAAAUUUUUGGAGGAGAGAUUACAGCGUCAUCAAUUGUUGGAACCGUCUCUUCUCGAUGUGGAAGUUCCCGCUGCAGUAGAGAUUAAUGACGAUCUAGAAGAAGUUCUGGAUCAACUUGCGGAAAGUGUUGGACUCGAAGAGCAGAAAAAAGACCUUUUGGAGGCAGAAAGAGAGUACGGUUCAUCUGAUUUUUGGGUUUUGGAUCGAACCAAAGCAGACAAAGUGGAGGAAUUGCUCACUUCGGGCGAUGAAGAUGCCCUACCACAAGCCGUCUCACCAAGUGCUGGCUUGCUGGACCUCAAAAACUGGAUACGUUUAUCCGAGAAGGUCUUUAUGAAUCCCGGCAAAUCUCGACCCGAAGACAAUUGGAAAAACAUUGCCCCUAAAGGUGAAACCCCGUCACUCACAGCAGAUGCUCUGGGUAAAUUCUACGACAUCACCGUUGACCUCGUUAUUCGCUUAAUGGAGGAAGCGCAUAACACGGCACUCGACAGACUAGACAAAGAGCGGCGAAGAAGAUUGCCCUUCGUAAGGAAGAAAGAUGUUCAAAGGGCUCUUACUACAAUGUCUAUGAAGCACAAUACAUUUGACUACUAUGUUAAUCUUCCUCGUCGAUUGAAGCUCGACGUCACUAAUAGAACGCACAAGGGAAAAACGAAAACAUACGUGCCAUAUGACAAAGUUGAAAGAAUGUUAGCUAAGAAAAGUCGAAAAAGAGCGAGAGCAAGUUCGGGCAGUUCCGAUGAUUCUUCCUCGGAACAGGAUACGGAGAAUGAUGAAAAAGACGACGACAAGGGCGACGAUGAUGGAGGUGAAGAUGAUCUCGACGAAUUCGGCCCAUCGGAAGACGAGGACGAGGUAAAUUCUCAAAACACCGACGACGUCGAGGAUAUAUCUAGUGGCGAUGAAAAACACAAACCUAACGACGCGGGCUCACCAAAGGAUAAACCAUACGACUCAACAUAUGAAGAAAUCAGUGACUCCGAGUAUCAACAACUCGAAUUAGAGCAACGCCUGGAUGACUACAACGCCUACCUCGACCGACAAGCCAGCCACAAAGAAGAAGCACGUUUGCGAGAAUUGCUCAAUUGUACCUUUGAGCAUCCUGGCAAAAAGAAUAAGGAAAAACAAAAAGAACCACCAAAUAUAACAGACGAAAUGCGCAAAGAAAUAAUACAGAAUAAUGCUGUGGUCGACUGGAGGAAGGAUCUUGUGUAUCAGGAUGAGUGGGAGACCUAUGGGAUGAAAACGAGGGAUGUUGAGAGGAAUAUUGCUGCUAAUCAUAAUAAGAAAAGACGUCUUGAAUAG